AAGGCGGCAAAAUGAUCACCGAGUACAUUUGAACCAUCAUGUGCGGUCUCAACAUCUGCCUUGUUGUCGGCUUACCAGACCAAGGACAGAGUCUGAUUGAGUUGGGGUCUGCGCGACGUCGCCGAAUGUUGCAGGUGGCGUCCAAACAUCACCCCUUACAUCUGCACAUCGAUUUUCCCAAGACCAAUAGCCCGACAUCUGCACCACCUUUGGCCGUUCCUCCCAUCCAACUUCAAGUACUUAAGCAACGGUCGAAGUCGCAUUCCAGCCUUGUGUUACCCCAUUCCUACCCAAUGCAAAGUCUAGCACUUAUACAACGAUGCUACUCCCUUUGCCGAUUCAGAAUCUCCUUAACAUGGUUGCAGCCCUUUGCGUCAAGAUGAGAAGCAUCAUUUUUCGAUCCAUGAUAGAGAUGGACGUUGCCUCCACUCCCGAUUUACUUUCUCAAUUCGCAGGCAUCAUCCCACUCGCUUGCCACCUCGCCAGCCCUCGAUAUGCGUUCCAACUGGUUGGAGCUGCAGCCUUGACACACAGGUUGUCUGUCUCCAUGUUCCCCCGGCUCGGAGUCUUCAAAAACAUAGCAACACUUCUGAAAGAGGGUCCGCAGUUCUUCGACAGAGUGGACUCGCUCGGAACACAAGAAGUCUGGGACGUCAACUGGGGUAGCACCUUCCCUUGCGCGAAUGGUGCAGCUGGUACCAUCAUCGCAUCCUACGCAAUUCAGGAGUCGCGACGCCGCGAGAAAAUCCAGACGUCCGCAUCUGGCAAUGCAAGUCGCCAGGUUGUAGAAGGCUCUAUGGUAAGAGACGUGGAAGGAACAACGAUCGCCACCAACGCGUCUCGGGGAUCAUUCCAGUCAUCUCGGCCGGAGAAGGAAGGGUCUAUUUCAAGUUCCAUGGUCGAGAAAGUUACUAGCCCAGUAUUUUAUCGAGGGCAAGAGCUUCAUGUGCUCCAGGUCAGCAGGAGACAGCCAAAUAUAAGCUGGUACUGCAAGGCCAUUGAGUCGGUCCAUGUCCAGAAUCUUGCAUAUCUUGCCCUCCUAGGGUGUGCCGCAGUUAUGGCGUUUUGCCAGCUCUAUGCCACCAUGGCAGCAUUACUCAUCGGCGUUCUUUCCAAGAUUGCUUGUCGCUUUACGAAUAUCCAGAAGCCACUGAGUUUCCUUGAGAACAAUGAAAAGCACGACGCGUGUAUGCUGGUAGCAGCGCAUAGAAAUGCAAGUGUCUGGUACUUGUACAUUGGUGAUCGGGGAGUGGUGGACCACCUCUUGAACAAAGAUAUGGUUCGUGUUGAGCCGAGGAGCGCCUUACUGGCCAACUAUUUCCAGCUCGCGCAUAUUCUGCAAGUUAUCGCAAUGGCCUUCGCUGCAGCGCAUCGAGGCUGGGACGGUGCUGUAAUGGUGCUGAUGAUGCUUGUUUCCUGGUUCGCGGAGUGGGAAUUCGAAGAUCGCCAUCUUGCCAAGCACUGGAUGAACAAACACGGAAUUGGCGUAGAGGCAAGGACUUUUCAUUUUGGACGGCGAACCCAAAUGAUUUGUGCCAUUCACAGCUUCAGCGGAGCCCGGAGCAGGCAGUGGAUGGACAGUAUCAUUGUCCCCAGUCUCAGGCGAGAUACCCUUUUAGAGCGUCUUGGGCACUCUGCCACAACGCCACAAAUCACCGGCGAGACAUUACUGACGCCUUCCGACGAGGCGCAAAUCUGUCAGCAGAAAGCACAAGUUGAAACCGCUGUUGAGAUCAUAAAGAGAGCUGUCGCAGGCAUGGAAGAUGCAUAAUGGUGUUCCGAUCACAUGAAUGCACUCGUUUCAUUUUAUGUUACCUCCAGAGUCUCGCGGUGGUGACGGGCAGGUCGCUGUCUCAGUCUCAGCCUCAGUCUCAGCCUCAGUCGGCCUUUUCUUCUUCUUUUUUCUUCUUCUUUUGCUGUUGUUUUUGCUGUUGAAUCCGAAAAGUAUGCCUGAACUCGGCAGGGGAUGCCCAUCCCUGCUCGCCGAGGCCAGGCUUUCCUUGGGGCUUUUUGUACCCCCCCUAAUUGAAUGUAACAGCGGGUCAAAGUGCAGGGGUUUUUUUUUGGUAUGGCAACUGGACCGUGCCAGGCUGGUUUUGGGGGACCCACUAUUACAUUUAUUAGGGGGGGGGCGGCGGGAGUAGGGUUGAUUCAAUAUCAGAUGGGGCU